UGGCCGCCCGGAGCGUGAUGCCGUUUGUUGUGCGCGAAAAAUAAUAUGGCACCGUCGUCCCGGUCCAGCUCCUGACCCAUCGUCGCGUUUCUAAAUCCGCGUAUCCGCGAGUGAACGAUCCGUGCGAAAAAAAAAUUAUCGGUGUGCUCAUGUUUUUUUGUUGACGUCCUCGUUAUCGUCAGCAAAACUCCGUACUCCUGCUGCUGCUACUGCUGCUGUUGCUGCUGCUGUUGCUGCUACUGCUGACUAUCUUUUAGGAUUUAUUGUAUUUUAGUGAGAAGCGAUGGCCCUGGUCACAGUGCAACGCUCACCCAGUGUCUCCAGCUCGCCACAAAGCUCGGAUUCCGGUGCGGGUGGGCCAGUAGACGACGACGAAGCAUCUCGAACGUGUGUCAAAAGCCUAAGCGAAUGUUACUUCGCGGGGAAAGGCGCGGCAUUGGUGCUGCCACCGAACGAGCGUGCUCGACCAUCAAGGCGCGUCUCGGCAGCCGGCUGCGACAUCCAACAACAUCUACAGUCCAUGUUCUACCUGCUUCGACCCGAAGAGACCCUCAAAAUGGCUGUGAAGCUGGAGUCGGUGCACCCAGGACGAACGCGUUACCUCGUGGUGGUAUCGUGCACGGGACGCCAGGACGCCGAGGAAAGUUGUCUGCUGGGCAUCGAUUGCAACGAGCGCGCAACCGUUGGCCUGGUACUGCGAGUACUCGCCGACACGGCCAUCACGCUCGACGGCGAUGGUGGCUUCAGCGUCAGCGUCUGCGGCUGUCAGCACAUCUUUAAGCCUGUCUCCGUUCAAGCAAUGUGGUCGGCGCUGCAGACGUUGCACAAGGUAUCGAGCAAAGCGCGCGAGCACAACUACUUCCUCGGUGGACUGUCGCACGAUUGGGUGAGCUACUAUGAGCAAAGGAUCGAGAGCGAUCGCUCGUGCCUUAACGAGUGGCACGCGAUGGACAACCUCGAGUCCCGAAGGCCGCCAUCCCCUGACAGCGUGCGAAAUAAACCAAGAGAAAGAGCCGAGACGGAGCAAGUGAUUCGUUCGACGCUGAAAGAGAUAAUGAUGUCGGUGGAUCUUGAUGAGGUCACAUCAAAAUACAUAAGGACGCGGCUUGAAGAAGACCUGGACAUGGAUCUUGGCGAAUUCAAGCCCUUCAUUGACCAGGAGAUGCUUACCAUUCUUGGCCAAAUGGAUGCGCCCACCGAGAUAUUUGACCACGUUUAUCUCGGCAGCGAGUGGAAUGCCAGUAAUUUAGAGGAAUUACAAAAGAACGGUGUGAGACAUAUACUGAACGUCACACGGGAGAUCGACAAUUUCUUCCCGGGCAUGUUCAACUACCUGAACGUGCGGGUAUACGACGACGAGAAAACGGACCUGCUGAAGCACUGGGACGAUACGUUCAAGUACAUAACCAAAGCUAAGAAGGAGGGCUCGAAGGUGCUCGUGCACUGCAAGAUGGGCGUUUCGCGCUCGGCUUCGGUGGUCAUUGCUUACGCGAUGAAGGCCUACAAUUGGGACUUCUCGCAGGCACUCAGCCACGUGAAAAACAAGCGCAACUGCAUCAAGCCCAACAGCAGCUUCCUGCUGCAACUGGAGACCUAUCAAGGCAUACUCGACGCCAUGAAGAACAAGGAGAAGCUGCAGAGGUCCAAGUCCGACACCAACCUGAAAUCGCCGACGGGCAAGGAGUGCGCCAAGAAGGAGGAGAAGGCGGGCGAUCGGGUCGACGAUACGGAUGACAGUGUGAUCGAGCAGUCGGGCGCCGAGCUCAAGAAGAUUGGGCAGCGGCCCAAAAGCUGGUCGCCCAACGUCCAGAUUACCGAGGACGUUCUUCCGACAGCUCCACUAUCGCAGUCCCUGGAGAGCAUCGACAAAUCAGCAAAUCCCGAGGUGACUCGCGAAGAGCUGCUGCGCGGCUCCAACCCGAAGCCCAGUGGACUCGAGCAGCAAGAGUCACGUAACGUGCUGAUGCCCUGCGACAACGGUCAGUCGUACAGCGUCUCGCAAAAUCAAGUUGUCCACUUGCCCGGUCCGGACACCACCUCCAAAAUCAACAGCAGCAACAGCAACAGCAACAGCAGUAACAACAAAACCUCGUGCAGGCACACGCGUGGAAGUCAAGGACAGAAACGCAAAGGACUCGUGUUGAAUCUCACCAAUCAAUUUGAGGCAGCUAGCAGUAAGCCAUCCUCGCCGAGUAGUUCGGACGGUGAAGGCAGUAGUGGGAAGUCGUCGCAGCAACAAGGAGUUAGUCCUAUCGUUGAAAAUGGGCACGCGGACUCCACGACUGAGCUGAACGACAAUCAACAGGAAGGUAACAAUGGCAAUUAUCUAGUCUGGACCGCAUCGGCAGAGGUCAAGUGUAUCUACACGAACGGUCGCGUGGGUUUUGAGCAGCAAGCGCAAGUCGAAGACGAUUCGACGACGGUAGCGCGCAAACUAAAGAGGGAAGGUGACCCGUUCAGUGCGCAACUGGAUCGAGUGUUCGAUCGCGAGGAGCAACACGAGCCACAGCAGCAGACGGUCAGAGAGUCACCGAGCAGGCAAAGCUCGUGGAGCAGCUAUGACAGCGCUGUCGUCAUGGACAAUAACUCGAUGCAUAGUUCGUGGGCUACCUUGCCCUCGCGCAACAGUUCCUGGGGCUCUUACGACAUGCGGCCCAGCGACUCGCUCGGUUCUAGUGGACUCUUCCCGUACGAUAAGGAGGAAAUCCCUUGGCAUCCCGGCACCGUCAAGCGCACCAAGCAAAAACUCGAAGAAAGCUCGACCACGGGCACGUCAAAAAGGGUUUGUACGCAGACAUCCGAGCCGACGCCGGCCGAAGAGAAAAUCACCGAGCGACUUGCAUCGGCCGAAACCGAACUCGACAACCCCACAGAGCCAUUCAAUUCAGUUCUACUGCACUUCACCUCCUCGCCCACUCCUCGACGAAGAGACCUUCCGUCGCCGGUCAGCGAACGUCGAAUCAACGUUGCAAGUGACUCGCACGGCACUUCAAGCGCGGCGGCGCCGAUUGACAUCUCGCCAGCCUCGUCACACCAGACGAGCUGCAGCAGACUGUCGACCAGCGCGCCAGCACCUUCGGCCUUGUCUCCCGACGCCGAGCUCACUCCAGUUAGUUUGCGUAGCUGCAAAUCCGAGAGCGAAACUUCGAGUCCGUGUGUGGUCAACACCCCUCAGUGCCCGUCGGUCAAGCAUCACAAAAUGGUCCUGGAAAAUCUCUGCAACAAGCCUAUAUUUAGCAAACGCUCGCCAGCUAAUUUGACUGCUCCAGUAAUGAUCGACGACUCACCCGAAUCGGAAGCUCCUCUGCGCAAUACGCACGGUAUCGUGAAGAAUCUCAAAAAGGAAUUCGAGGCCAAGUCAUCGAGCAAACUAGAGAAAAGUCCGGAUGCUAGCAGUCUUGAUGAAAGUUGCUCGCUGCGCCAAAAGAAGGACGUCAAGAUUCGCAGUUUGCCCUCGUCGCCGGUGAUCCCGCAUAACGAGACCAAGAUCCAAGCAUGCGAAUCACGCUCUUCGGCCUUCGUCAAACGAAGCAGCGAGCCUCCCUCGGGCAGCAGCGCCGAGGAUUUGUCGGUCAGAGUCCUCGUGGGCAAGUACGAGGUAGCCAAGCCCGAGAUCAAGCGAACGCCUGAGGUUCAACUCCGCACCCCUCAUCAUCAUCAUCAUCAUCACCAUCAUCGUCACCAUCACCAUCACAACAAAGACCAUCCGGUAGAACAUCCGCCUGCGAAGGCCAAGAUUGCACCAGAUCUGGCACGUCGCUCGGCACCAAUGAUCAUCAAUCACCACUCGGCAUCGUUGUACGACACCGAAGCUCCAGGAAGGCCACCGUCGGUGCCGUCGGCUAGCCAAGUGGUUGCCAGCGUCGUCGCCAAAGCAGCGAGCAAGAAACAGCAGCAGCAUGGCCGUACUCAUCCGCUCGCCAGGCUGCAGGUCAGGCCGAGGCAUAGCAGUCCCGUUUACAAUACCAUGUGAAUGGUCGUGCUGACCUAGUGAUAUAUAUAUAUAUAAUAAGUUUACUAUGUAUAUGUACGUGUAGUUGAGUCGGGAGCUAUUCGAAAAAAAAUUGUGUGAUCUCUCUAUCUCCUCGAUAAUGCAUAUAAGACUAAGUUAUUUUAACGGACGUUUAUCGUGUUUAGAUUUACUGUGCGAAGCGACGAUGUCUUGCGGAUUUUUCUUUUUUGUUUCAAAAUGGACACUUGUCUCUUGCGGUCUGUUUUUAAACGAAUUAUUCUUUUUUCUCCGGUAAUGAUUUUAAAAUCGCUGAGUCGUUUUCUUCUGUUGUAUUGAUUUAACCAAAGUCAAAUGUUUAUGUAUUAGUGAUUUUUAGAAGUGAAGUAUGUUUCAAAUCGAUGAAAAAAUGUUUAUAUUUUUUUUGUAAAUUAACUCUUUUUUUAACAACGUUCGUUAAUAUCGACAAGACAAAUAAAUUUCUUUAAAUAUUGCCAAUUUAAUCAGUGACUGUUGAUUACGCUCACAUCAAUUUUUAAUAUACAUUUUUGAAAGGCUGGAUUGUGUGUAGAAAUGUUUUAAAAAGAAUUUUAAAAUGAAGAAUCGUUACUUCCAUAUUGAGUCUAAUUUAAUUCUGUUUGUUGAUAAAACUGUACUAUUGUGAAAAAGAAAGAUUUUAUAUAAACAAUUUUUUAUGUAAUCUAUGCCUUUCACGUAUAGAUUGAAAAUAAUUUCUAGUUAACUAUUUUCAUGCCAAAAUAUGUUACCUUGCCAUUUUACUGACUUAUACAAUGGCAAUCUAAUUGCAAAAAAAUACAAAUAAUUCUUCAAUAAAAGCUAAAUAUGUCGAUCAAAUUUGCAAUGAUUUGUAAAGCACUGCUCUUCAAAUUGCUGAUGAGUUGUUUAUAAUUUAUUCUAAGUAAUUUUGUGGCCCGUCAAGAUGGUCAAAUAUUAUAGACAGUUUGCUUAAACGAUGAAGAAUUUAAGUGAAUGUAAGUACAUCGAGUGAAUUAAUACAUUAUUAAUUCCUAAAUUUAUAAUUUUUUGGCAAAAAAACAAACAAAAGCUGUAUGGGAAUGUGAAUAGGGAAAUGCGAUAAGUGAAUUACGAUCGAUCAAAGAAUAAUGUGAGUACUCAGUCAGGCUGUGAAUGUAAAUGUUUGAGCCUCACAACGCUGAUUUGUGUUUAUCUUUGAUUGGCAUGGAAUGAGAAAAAUCACACGGAGCGUUGAAUAUGAAAGAUAAAUGCGUCCGCGAUGUUCACUACACAUCAUUGACACAUUUAACUAUACUACUAGAUAUUUAUAGUGAGUAAUGUGAUUAUAGCAAACUAAGCGCCUGAGAAAGUGCUUCAAACUUGUGUGUAUUUGUACGUGACCUAACGCAAAAUAACGUUUUCAAAUAUACGCAAAAAUAAAAAAAAAACGUCAAGACUAUAAAAGUCAUAAAAAUCGCUCGAAUUUUAAUUCAAUACCAAGUAAUAGUAAACGAACUUUUAAUUGAGUAAUUCAAAAUUCUAUUGUAAAUUUGAAAAUUUGUUUUUUAUAUUAAAUAUAAUUAAAAUCUGUUAUCAAAAAAGUAAUACUUUUAUUACACGCAAAUAAAUGAUUUAUGACAUUACUUGAAAGCUAACGUUGAAUUUGAUCUGAAGCGGAUUCGAGCGAUUUUUAUUAAAAAAUUACCCAGUCUCUAUCUGUAAUAGUUUUGUUAAAAAUAUCACGCUAAAUUUUGUAAUGUCACUAUUAUAGUUUUAUUAUAAUUAACGUUUGAACAAUUGAAAAUUGUGUAUGAGUGAAUGUUAGGAUUGCUUUUAGAGCUGGCGAUGCAAUUUCUCAUUUAGUAAUGCCUCGUCAGAAUUAUCUCGUGAUUCUCGAAAGCCAAAAGUACAAGUCUUUAACAUGAAAACAAAAUUGGAGGGUGCUUAUUGCUCAUUAAAAAAAGUGAAUAAAAAUAAGUUUUUCUACUAUAUAUCAUCGGAGAUAUUUUUUCAAGACAUAUCAUUACCGUCAUUGUAUCGUUCUCAGGCAUUUUACAUAAGUAGAUAAUGGGCUUUGAACAUUCGAUGUCGAGCAUAAAAAAAGUUUUCCUGGUUCAUUAGUACCUUGUAUCAUUUAUAUGAUCACGUUCUAUAAAUACAGGAUUAAUGAUUAAUACAUAAAUAUUAUAAGAUGCAAAUCUAUUAAAAAAUAAAAAAUUCUAUUGUCAGAUUUAUUUGAACGUUCAUGAUCGAUGUGCACUGUUUGCUUAUGCUGAAAGCCUGUCCCUAUCAUCAUUAUUCAAUAUAUAUGACAUAAUUUUCGUGCGUGUAAAAAGCUUUAAUACGCGUCGGUAUAACACUUUUAUUUCGAGAAAAAAACUGAUUAAAGAUUUAUAGAUAUUUUCAAAGUAAAAUCGUAAGGUAAAACGCCGAAUCGAUGACCAAUUUUUUAUUAUAGCUCGCCUGGUGAUUUUCACUACGUGCCCAAUAAAUCGAGCACAUUUAACGACGACUAAAUAUAUUUUAUUAUUGCGUGACAUUUCCGACAAAUAGAGGAUAAUAAAUGAUGUCAAAGUGACGAGUGACAAGUAACCUAUAAUUAGAAACUUGAUUGGUUAAAUUAGAAAGUUGUUAAUAAGAAAUAACAUUUCGUUUCUCUUUUCGAGCCGUAGUUUUGAGAAUAUCUGAUCAUCGUUGCUUAGAGAUUAAAUACGUAUCUACUUACUCGUUUAUAAGACUGUACGCGAUGUGAAAAAAAAAAACACUUUCAUGAAAGUGUUUAUUCUCCUUCGCCAACGACGAGGCUCUGGUUUUUUCAUUGCACAACGUUCACAAAAAUGCGCACUGUCAGGAGGCAAAGAAAAGACCGAAUCUUGUAUUUUUUGAAACCGGAACAUGUAAAAUAUAAUGUCUAGCGGAGAUGCGUAUGAAUGUACUCUGUUCUUGAUUACCAAGCGAUUAGUUGCUAGUAAUUCAAGCAAGUUCGUUUAAUUGAAAAUUGAUGUGCUCUUUUUUAGUGAUUCUCCACUUUCCUCUCCAUGUCACUUCUGCUUACGUGUGUACGUGUCUUGAACGCGAAGAGAAGCUGCUGUCAUGAGCAAGAAUACAACGUCUUUAUACAAAGAAGAAUAAUGCGUUGUUUCUGUAUAAAUUUUGUACCAUAGUUUGUAUUAAAUAAAAUUGUUUAUUGCU